CACCGGCCGGCGGCGGGCGGGGAACGGAGGUACGGCGGGCGCGCGGGAGGGGUCCGCGUCCGGCUCCUCCGGGCGCUCUAGCUCCCGCGGUGGCGGGGGGGAGAGGGGGCGCCCACGGCAGGGCGUGCCCCUCCGGUCUGGCGGCCUCCAAGGUGCUUCCUAAGUCUGGAUCAGCCUGGGGUGCCUCACACCCGCAGCCUUCGUCCCUCAGGCACCCGGGGAGCCCGGGGACCCGGCGGAGGGGUCACCGCUGCCAGGAGCCCCAGGUCUACUCUGCUCUCCCUCCGUCUCGCCGCCGCAAGGAUGGGGAGCGCCCGGGCGCCCGAAAGCGGUCUGGCUUGGGUCGUAGAGGGGUGAGCCCCUAUUCCCCCCUUUUGCGCGCUUCGCAUCUCUUCCCCGGGCACCUGCCAAUGACAGGAAUUCGGGCAGAGUGUGUGGGAAGAUGGUGUCAGGCGGAGGCGCCGUCUUUUGACUAGUGGCCGAGAACAAGAGGCACUGACCCUCCUAGCAGAGAAGAAUCACGGGGCGCACUUCUUGGACUAGUUUCCUUACAGACUUCCCUCGAACUUAAAAACAAAACGAGUCUAAAAGUAGAGGGAAAGUGAGAUGACUGUGGCCGACGCGGGUAGAAGGUGCCCGCCACCGCGCGCAGUACUCUCUGGGCAGUCUCUGAGCAGGGGCAGGGGAUGGGCGGCGGGCACGGAAGGGUGGGGGAAGAGACAGGGGGCGCCAUCAGCCCGCGGAGCGUUCCAAGAGGCAGAAGCUGAGCCCGCGCCCCCGGGGUGGAUCCGCGGGAUUGGCCUGGGCUCCCCGCGCGCCCCAAACGGGGAUAAGUGACCAGGACCUGCCAGGACGCAGGCGGGGCCGAUGGAGGAGAAUAGAGGGGCAGUAAGGCCACAAGCAUCGUCCCGCCCUCCCUGGAACUAGCCGGUGGGGGCGCUAAGGCUCCGUCAAGUGCAGGGAGGCACUGGGAAACCACCCUUUUUUGCCUAAAGGCCUUACUUUGGGGUUUCCCCCUGCACCCUGGCCUUCCCCUGAAGGAAGCCUAGAGAGGCAUCUGGGCCUCAGCUUGUCUCGGGAUGUGGUCAACUCACCUGGAGGCGGUGGGAUUUAGGGUCACGCCAGGCGCAGGGAACCCUUUGCCUUAUCCCUGAACUUAGUGUGGGAUUUACCGGGAGGCUGUGUGAAUCAGACAGGUAGCAAGGGGCUUGCUGCUCCUCCCACUACCGGGCUGCAGAGCUCCUCCCCUAGGGGGUCCCUGGUCUCCGCAGGGUUCCGGGCUCCUCAGGUGGUUGGCUCCGGGGAUUCCAGGGCCUUGGCGUGAAUUGUGGGGCUUUCCUACCCCAGCAGAGGUUCCUGGGCUGCCCUUCUCGAUGCUUCACUGUUACAGAAUUCACCCGUAAGGGCUUUCUCAGGUCCUCAGCAGCCCACACCUUUUCCUUAUUUCCAUGGAAACUGAUGCAAGUUCUUCUGGCUUUCCCCACUCUCCGGGGCUCAAAUCCUAGGUGUGGGGGCCGCAGAAAUGUCACCCCAAGUCUCCAGAAGGCACACGUGUUCAGCUGUCAAUGAGUCAGGGCAGACCCCCUGGCCCUCUACUGAAAAAUCAAGUCCUCCCACCGGCAGAGCACAGUGUGGAUGGACUUUCUGAGAGCUGUGCUAUAGCUCCUGAGGUGCCCGGGAAGACUGGGCCACUAUUUCUGCCUGGAGAGAAAGUGGGACGGGGCCCAAACGCAUUGAAAUUCAGAACUGUUGGCAUUAGGAUAGUCUGAAGCAGAUCUAAGCCCACCUCUAGGCAGGAGGAAGCCUCGCUGGGAAACACACUGAGCCUGGGCCUGGUGCACCUGAGGCAGAAGAUCUUUCUUUGGCCUGCUUGCCGGAUACCCUCCCUUGGCCCUGGCUGCUUGUUAUGAGAGCCCUUUCUCCAUACUCCCCUCCUUAGAAUACCCGAAGGGAUUGUACAUUACUGACGUGAAUAAUUUCAACAUCUUUCUACUGAAGAGCACUGCUGGGCCAGGCUAGGCGGCCGGGGAAGGAGUCACCCUAACUUCCUCCUUGCCCUGGGCAGAGAGAGGAGUAGGCCUGUCUGGUCUCCCAGCUCCAUCACCCCUGGCGCAGCUGCGGGCCUGACCGUGUCGGGGGCUGGUCGUCAGGGAAGCUUGCCUUCCCCUCUGGGUCACCAGAGCUUUCCUCUGUCCUCUUCACAUAGCCAGAAUGGCAGCUCUUGGUGACUAUCACCGGUCAUUCUAGGACCACGGCCUCUCGUCUGAGGAUGCGGGUGGGAGCUACAAAUACAAAUGUGGUGGGUGAGGCCAUCCCCACAGCUGUGAACCACACCAAAUGUACAGUGACCGUCAGCAGGGGACUGGGGAAUGGGCUACGGGGUGAGGGAUUGAGAAUUUGGUCUUGGGGACCCAAAUGUGAAUUUUUCCAUUUAGCUUUCCCCCAGUUCACAGUGAGUCAGAUUUCCGAGUUGUCUGUUCUGGCCACUUUCAUUUCCCCUGGGGCUGGGUGGAGGCUGGUGUAGAAAGGGGAACUGAACCCUCAAUCUUUUAAGACCUGGGGGCAGGGCUGGGGGCUCUCCUAAACUCCCUGUCCUAGCCCAGAGCUGGGCACUGCCCUGAGGAGAGGCCCGCAGAUGGAGACUUCUUAGCAGCGUGGAGGUGGCGCUUAGCAACCACAGCCAAAAAGAUCCCUUUGCCAUGAACCAGCCGGCCCCCAGGCCCCCCCCUCCACCCCGCCGUGUGCGACUCAAGCCCUGGCUGGUGGCCCAGGUGAACAGCUGCCAGUACCCAGGGCUUCAGUGGGUCAAUGGGGAGAGGAAAUUCUUCUACAUCCCCUGGCGCCAUGCCACACGGCACGGCCCCAGCCAGGACGGAGAUAAUACCAUCUUCAAGGCCUGGGCCAAGGAGACAGGAAAGUACACCGAAGGGGUGGACGAGGCAGACCCGGCCAAGUGGAAGGCCAACCUGCGCUGUGCCCUUAACAAGAGCCGUGACUUCCGCCUCAUCUAUGAUGGACCCCGGGACAUGCCACCUCAGCCCUACAAGAUCUACGAGGUCUGCUCUAAUGGCCACGCUCCUGCAGAGUCACAGCCCAGUGAGGAUUACGCUUUUGGUGCAGGAGAGGAGGAGGAGGAGGAAGAGGAAGAGCUCCAGAGGAUGUUACCAAGCCUGAGCCUCACAGAAGCAGUGCAACCUGGCCCCCCCAUGGCACCCUAUUCCUUACCCAAAGAGGAUGUCAAGUGGCCACCCACUCUCCAGCCACCUGUGGUGCUGGGCCCUCCUGCACCAGACCCCAGCCUCCUGGGCCCCACCCCUGGCAACCCUGCUGGCUUUGGGGAGCUUCUCCCUGCGGUCCUGCCGAGCCUGCAGCCUGGGUCCCUGGCUGCCAGCCUGCCCCCCACAGGCGAACAACUCCUGCCCGACCUGCUGAUCAGCCCCCACAUGCUGCCUUUGACUGACUUGGAGAUCAAGUUCCAGUACCGGGGGCGGCCACCCCGUGCCCUCACCAUCAGCAACCCACAGGGCUGCCGGCUCUUCUACAGCCAGCUGGAGGCCACCCAAGAGCAGGUAGAGCUCUUUGGCCCCGUGAGCCUGGAGCAAGUGCGCUUCCCCAGCCCUGAGGACAUCCCCAGCGACAAGCAACGCUUCUACACAAACCAGUUGCUGGAUGUCCUGGACCGCGGGCUUAUACUCCAGCUGCAAGGCCAAGAUCUGUAUGCCAUCCGCCUGUGCCAGUGCAAGGUGUUCUGGAGCGGGCCCUGCGCCUCAGCCCACGGCUCACGGCCCAACCCCAUCCAGCGGGAGGUCAAAACCAAGCUCUUCAGCCUGGAGCAUUUUCUCAAUGAGCUCAUCCUGUUCCAGAAGGGCCAGACCAACACCCCGCCACCAUUUGAGAUCUUCUUCUGCUUUGGGGAGGAGUGGCCUGACCUCAAACCCCGAGAGAAGAAGCUCAUCACUGUACAGGUGGUGCCUGUAGCAGCUCGGCUGUUGCUGGAGAUGUUCUCAGGGGAGCUUUCUUGGUCAGCUGAUAGUAUCCGGCUACAGAUCUCAAACCCAGACCUCAAAGACCACAUGGUGGAACAAUUCAAGGAGCUCCAUCACAUCUGGCAGUCCCAGCAGCGGUUGCAGCCUGUGGCCCAGGCCCCUCCUGUGGCAGGUCUUGGUGCUGGCCAGGGGGCCUGGCCCAUGCACCCAGUCGGCAUGCAACAAUGAGACUGCGGAUACUGACUGGCACGGGCUUCCCAGGUGUCUGUGUGGAUUCAUGUGGAGGUGCAAUGGCCCCAGUUGGCACCUGAUUGGCUCGCAGGUCCUCUCUCUGGGUCUUCUGGAAGUGGAUUUGUGCUAAGGAGAGGGAAGAGAGCUCUGUGUUCCAGGCUCUCCUCGCAGCAUCUGAGGGAAGCUAGAAGCCACUUUUGCUUUCAGGGCUCAGUCUUCCUGGAUGUGCCUCGCCUCUGCUCACUCUGGAGGAACUCAGCCAUCAGCCCUGGUGAGCAGAGAACUCCCCCAACCCUAGGGGCCUAGCUGAGAGGGAUCUGUCCCAGAGUGGCCCACCCUUGUGGUUGCCCCCCAAUUCCUCAGGCAAAAACAGUCAAGUGCUGUGGGCCAUGCUCUCUCAACAGGGCAUGGGCCUGAUCUGAUUUGGGGGUUCCCUAGUUUGAGCCUCACACCCUCAUAUCUGAGACAGAUAUGCACAUAGGUAUUAUACCAGAUGCUUAAGGCUGGCAGCUACCUCCUUGCAAGAACAUGGAAUAGAAGUGGAAUUUUAUGUAUUUUUCAAUUAAUAAAUAUUGAAAAGAUCCA